AUGAGAUACUAUGAAAGAAGCACGUGGGGCUUCUCCCUCCUGUUGGGUGUGUUUGCCUCCGUUCUUCCGCGGGCUCUGGCCAUGGCUUUGCCGAAUGCGGUCCUUGCAUACGCCGUAUCUUUUCUCGUGGAAGCAGAAGGUGGCUUCCUGCGGGAUGUUGAGACUACCCAGGCUGCUGUGUUGCUUACAGCGGCCUUUACAGCUGUCAUGAUCUUCAUCCUCACUACGCGCCUUCAAAUUGCAUACGAUCGGUGGUGGGAGGGUGGAACUUUGCUGCAGAAGACUCGCGGAGAGUGGUUCAAUGCUUACAGCAGCCUCAUUGCGUUCAGUUCUGGCAAGCUGGAGAUGCAAGCCAAGGUGGAAGAGUUUCAUCACCUUCUUGCGCGACUGAUGUCGCUUCUGUUCUGCUGCGCUCUACAGCAAGUGUCCCCAUCCGAGCGCAGCUUCCACAUCCUCGAUGCACGAGGCGUAGACAAGGCAAGUCUCGAGUAUCUACGGGACCUUGAUGACAAGGAGGAGGUCAUACAACAAUGGAUUCAGAGAUCGAUUGUUCUUCGAAUGGCAGACGGGGUUUUGCCCGUCCCUCCUCCUGUGGUAUCUCGAGUUUUUCAGGAGCUGUCACGCGGAAUCGUGAACCUGCAGAAUGCGCGCAAGAUUGCUGAUUUCCCCUUCCCCUUUCCAUAUCACCAGGUUAGCAUAGCCAUCCUCAUUCUUCACUGGAGCCUGAUGCCGCUGCUUUCCAGCAUGCUGCUUCUGCCGCUCAACGCAGCAUGCAGUUCUUUUGCUGUGACUUUGUUUCUGUGGUGCAUCCACCUCACUGCUUUGCAGCUGGAGUCGCCAUUUGGAGAUGAGCCGAACGACUUGCCGAUGGACCAGAUGAUAGCAGAUUUCAAUCAGAGUUUGCUCACUCUGCUAAAUGCGCGUGCCCAAGUUCCACCGAAAUAUCGAUCUACGAGACAAACGCGAGCCAGGUUCAAUCGUUCUAUGUUCGAAAGCGAUUUGGCUUCGUUUCGAUCACGGAGUGGGGAGGACGAUACGGAGGCCAAAGCACCGAACAUUCCCCUGUGCCUUCCGCCUCGGAUGGGUACUUUCUUGGAUGAGGGAGAAGAGCAAGACGAAGUACGUGCCAUGCGUAGUGAAGAUUCUCGUGGAAGCCAUGUCCAGCUUUCCAGCUGCAGCGAUCCAGAAGACACUCGCGCAGACGGGAUCCUUUCCACAACGACUUCGGAGAUGGCAAUCCAACGAGUUUAA